AUGCAGUACGUUGCCAUCAUAGUAUUUUUCCUCUACGCAACAGAAACGCUCCAAGCAACGCCGAAAAUCGUUGGUGGUAAAGAUGCCCCGAUAGGCAAGUACCCGUACCAGGUGUCGCUACAAAAUCGGUUUGGCCACUUUUGCGGCGGCUCUAUUAUUAACAAACGUUGGAUUCUGACCGCAGCGCACUGCGUCGACAGAAAAAGACCGAUGGUCAUCGCAGUCGGCUCCAACUCGCGCAUCGUUUUCGAGAGAUCGAAAAUAUACCAGCCCGACCGCGUCAUCUGGCACAAAAACUGGAGCAGGUCCGACCUCGCCAACGACAUUGCCCUGAUCCGCGUCGCCCGUGACAUCGAGUUCACGAACAAAGUCCAGCCCGUCAAGCUCCCCACCGAGGGGUUCAACAAAACCGGCAGCCCGAUCGUCCUCACCGGUUGGGGCUGGAUCACGAGCAUAGGUCCCAAGCCCUUUGCGCUGCAGGAAAUCGAACUGAACGUCAUUGGCCAGGAUGAAUGCUCGGAAAUGGCUGGCGAGAAGAUCAAUGACUCCCAGAUUUGCACCCUAAACAAGGCCGGGGAGGGCGCUUGCUUCGGUGACUCCGGCGGACCUCUUGUUGCGGACGGUGUGCAAGUGGGUAUCGUGUCGUUUGCCGUCGAAGCUUGCGCGGCUGGAAAGCCCGACGUCUACACCCGCGUGUUUUCGUUCAUCGACUGGAUCAAGGAUAAAAUUUCGAGCGAUUGA